UGUCUCUCUUAUCAUAGGUCUGUCUCGUUUAUUAUCAAGUCUCUUGUACUUUUCUUUCGUUCACCGGCUUUAGAGCUGUGAUUUUAGUAAAAUCUGAAUGAUUUUGCGCAUGAUUAAUUGUCAGCGCACAUCACGUGGUCGGUGACUUUUUCCUAGUCUCUUUCCAGUGCCAUUCCGUGGGGAUAAGGAAGAAGGGUUCUUCCAAAAAUUACAAAGAAAAAACAAGGAAACGAAUUGAUAAUGUGGAAGCCUACCGCGGGGACAAUCAGAUGGAUCGACAUUUACUUGCGGAGCUCCAAGAAGUCGUGACGCAAUGACGAGUGUUAAUUUGAGAUAUUUUCGAGACAGUUUAUUAAUUAAUUGUAGAGUUUUUGUUGAUUAAUUUGAGUUUUAGUUUUUAUUAAUAAAUUGUUUUUUUUGUUUAAUUGGUGUUUUAAUGAGUUCGUGAUUAUUGAGGACCGGAGGACAAUACUAGAGAGAGUAGAUAAAAAAUGAAGUAACAUUGGGCCAGAAUAGGAUAAUUGGAGGAAAUAAAAUUGAUAUAAAACAGGCACCUUAUAUGUUGCGGCUCACAAUACCAAGAAUCCAUUCACAUAAGGCCAGUAUUUGUGGGGCAGGAAUACUUAAUAAGGAAUGGGCACUAACAGCUGCUCAUUGUUUCUUAAAUCCAGAUAAGGACGUAAAUCAUAUGCGAGUCCUUGCUGGUACUGCCGAUACCAGAAGAAGAGCAACAACAGCAAGAACAUAUCACGUUGUUAAAUAUAUUCAACAUGAAAAUUUCACUGGUAUAGGUUCAAAUGGUUCUACUGAAAACGACAUUGCAGUAAUAAAAAUUCAUCCGCCUUUAGAGUUGAAUGAAGUUAUUAAACCCUUAAAGUUACCACAAAAAGGCCAAAAAGGUCUCAAGAUCAGUCAUGCAACAAUUUCCGGAUGGGGCAAAACAGACCCAGAUGGAAAAGCUUCAACAAAAUUACGACAAGUUAGAGUACCAAGAGUGAAAACAAGCAAAUGCGCAAGGAUGCAUCGUCGUCACCACAUAAGAUUUCACAAGGAUCAAAUUUGUUAUGGAUUUCACAACUCAACACUCACUUUAGAUAAAUGUCAAGGUGAUUCUGGUGGCCCAUUGGUAAAUGAUGAUACAAUAGUACUCGGAGUUGUUUCUCAAGGAGUGAAAUGUGGAACGCAUGGAUUACCUGGAAUUUACACAAACGUUUUAUUUUUCCGUGAUUGGAUCAAAGACAAAACAGGACUUUAAUUAAAUAUUUUCUUUCCUAAUAAAUUGUUUAUCAUUAAUAUUUUCUUGUAAUUUAUUAUAUACAUAUAUAUGUGUGUCAGGCAAAUAGAAGAAUCAGGCAUUUAGCUUAAUUUCUGGGCUUUAAGCUAAACUUAGGCAAAUAGAAGAAUAAAUAUGUGGAGGAUGGGCAUUCUUCUAUCUGCCUGAAUUCAGUUAGUUAUUAACUAGGCAAUAAGCUACGUGUCGAAAAUGCUCCUGGCAAAUAGAAGAUAAAGAAUAUUGUAUUACGUAGUAUAGACACAGAUGUAUAAAGAAAUUAUCAAAAUACAUAAUUAAUUAGAAGCAAAA